UGCUUGGCUAACACAGCUACCGUAUCACACUCAUUCCAUUCUCAAUUUUCUUUUCUUUUUUUUGCAGAAGUUCACUGAUGGAACUUUGAGGAGGCCACCCAAAGCCUUGUGGUCUCUUCGAGCUGUAUCCUUGAGAUGCAACUCCCGCCCUGUGCCUUCCCCAGCAUAUGGCCAAAGAGAGAGUGUCCCGCUGCUGAACUGUCUCCAGACUCUGCUGCUUCUCAGUUCAAGUGCAAGGCUUGGUUUCUGUGGCUCCUUCUUGUUCUACUGACCAGCCUUCUCCCAUCUCGCUCUCAAGCUGCUGUCUUCAAAGUUGGAGUAGUGGGGCCGUGGAGCUGUGACCCCUUGUUUGCCAAGGCCAUGCCAGCCGCAGCCGCCCAGCUGGCCGUGAGCAGGAUCAACCAGGAUGCCACAUUCCCCAAGAUAGACACCUUUGACUAUGUGAUCCUGGAGGAGGACUGUGAGACGUCCCGUUCUCUGAGUCGAUUCAUGCGUUAUCGCUCGCGUGCUUCCGCCUUCGUCGGGCCAGCCAACCCAGGGUAUUGGGACGCCGCCUCUCUACUGGCCAAGGGCUGGGGUAAAGCUGUGUUCUCAUGGGCUUGUGUAGGAAACGAGUUGGAACAGCGUCGCAAAUACCCCAGCUUUGCCUGCACAAUGCCCCUGCCCACGGGGGUGCUGGUGAGGGUCAUGCAUUACUUUCGCUGGGCCCAUGUUGCCAUCAUCUCCUCCUCAGAGGAGAGCUGGAGAGAGACAGGCAGCAAACUGGCCAUCGCCUUGCGUGGACAUGGCUUGUCUGUCGACCUGGUUGCAUCUGUGGGAACUGACUUAGCUAGCAUCCGCAAGACCUUGGCUAAGGUCAAGAGAAUGAAGGAACUACGGACGGUCGUGCUCUGCAUGCACUCAGUGUUGAUUGGCGGCCAGGUCCAGAAGCGGCUCCUGGAGGCGGCUCAGGACAUGCGCUUGACGGACGGCUCUCUGAUGUUUGUGCCCUAUGACACGCUGCUCUACAGCCUGCCCUACGUGGACGUGCCUCAUCCCGCCCUGAGCAACAACAGCAAACUGCUGCGUGCCUACGAUGCAGUGCUAACGAUCACUGUUCAAUCCCAGCAGCACUCCUUUUACCAAGCCUACCAGCAGGCCAUAGACUCUGGGGAGCUUCAUUGCAACAUAAAACCUCAACAGGUGUCGCCACUCUUUGGCACCAUCUACAACUCCAUACUGUUCUUGGCCCAUGCCAUGCAGCGCAUGAGGAGUUCAGACAAAUGGGUUUAUGGGGGGCACCUGGUCCGCCACGCACACAGUCUGUCUUUCCAGGGCUUUAGCCAUCCAGUCCAGAGCAGUGCAACAGGCUUCAGUCUGCUGCACUUUGUCAUCUUGGACACGGAUGGCCUAUCCUGGGAGCUGACGCCGACACACAGAGUGGAGAUGGAGUCUGGAAUGGUGAGGUAUCUAGGCAACCCCAUCCACUUCCCCAACGGACGGCCUCCCAAGCCGGAAUACAGCUGCUGGUUCACCCCUGGAGUCCUCUGCACUGGAGGUGCGGAUCCUUUUACUGCAGUCAUGGUGGCCAUGACUACUGCUCUGCUAUUUUUCUUUUUCGCCGGGAUCUGCUACUAUGUGAGGUAUACAACAGCAUUCAUAACAUUUUUGAAACUUAAUGAAGACUACAUUUUCAUCAAUAAUCUACGCAGUCUCUAUAUUUUAUGUUUGAGAAAGAUCAACCAAAUCGAAAUGAUUAGAGGUCCCAAUAAAAUCAUGUUGACUCUUGAGGAGGUUACAUUUGUUCAUCCAUCCCUGAGUAACAAGAAAGUCAGUCUGAGUGACAGCCGGAUCAGUGGGCUGACGAACUUGAGGAAGAGCAGUUCAGAUCGAAGCUUGAAGUCCCAAGUAUCCUCCCAAUCACCUGCCACAUACGAGAACUCAAAUGUAGUACUUUUUGAGGGGGACUGGGCAUGGUUGAAAAGAUUGCCCGAUGGAAAUUUCCAAACCAUCAACCCCAGCACAAGUGAUGUGUUUGAGGUGAUGAAAGACCUAAGGCAUGAGAAUGUCAACACGUUCAUUGGCUUCUUCCAUGACUGUGGUGUGUUUGCCAUCAUGUCAGAGUUCUGUUCACGUGGCACUCUGGAAGACCUGCUGCUCAAUGACGAUGCCCCGCUGGAUUGGAUGUUCAAGUCCUCUCUCAUAAUGGACCUCAUUAAGGGCAUGAGGUACCUGCACAACAAGAACGUUUGCCAUGGCCGACUGAAGUCAAGGAACUGUUUAGUUGAUGGACGCCUAAUGCUUAGAAUCACAGACUAUGGAUACAAUGAGGUGUUCAAGGCACAGAAGUUCUCCUAUCAAGAGCCAUCUGCUGAAGAUCUCCUCUGGACGGCCCCUGAGAUCCUUCGAAGUCAAGUUCCAGGCCUUCAUGGCAGUCUGCCAGGGGACGUGUACAGCUUUUCCAUCAUAGUGCAGGAAACUGUGAUGGGCGGAGUGCCGUUUUGCAUGCUAGAGCUGUCCGCUGAAGAAAUCGUUCAGAGAAUUUGUAGGACUCCUCCACCUCUGUUCCGUCCAGUUGUGACCCCUGAUGAUGCCCCAGUAGCAUGCAUCGAGAUGAUGAAACACUGCUGGGCCGAGGAGCCUGAGAAACGCCCAAACUUCCAAGAGAUUUUUGAUCAGUUUAAGAACAUAAACAAGGGCAAGAAGACAAAUGUAAUCGAGUCCAUGUUUCGAAUGUUGGAGAAGUAUUCCUCUAAUCUGGAAAAUCUGAUCAGAGAGAGGACUGAAGAGUUGGAAAUCGAAAAGCUGAGGACAGAACAGCUUCUGACACAGAUGCUUCCUCCGUCUGUGGCUGAUGCCCUGAAACUCGGUGCUAUUGUGGAGCCAGAGCAUUUUGACAGUGUGACCCUCUACUUCAGUGACAUUGUGGGUUUCACAACCAUCGCGGCGAAUAGUGAUCCUAUUGAGGUGGUGAACGUCCUCAAUGACCUCUACUCACUCUUCGAUGCCAUCAUUUGCACUCAUGAUGUCUACAAGGUAGAGACCAUCGGCGAUGCGUACAUGGUGUCGUCGGGCGUGCCCGUGCCAAACGGAAACCGGCACGCCGCCGAGAUCUCCAACAUGGCCCUGGACAUCCUGAGUGCCAUCGGAGAGUUCAAGAUGAAGCACCUGCCAGACAUGCCUGUCAAGAUACGCAUAGGCAUACACACAGGUUCCUGUGUUGCUGGAGUGGUGGGGUUAACUAUGCCGAGGUACUGUCUGUUUGGAGACACGGUCACUACUGCCUCCAGAAUGGAGGCGACUGGAAUACCCUACCGAAUCCAUAUUCACAGAAGUACUGUUGAUGUACUUAUGAGUUUAAAGGAGGGAUACAAGGUGAAGCUAAGGGGCAAAGUAGAACUAAAGAACAACAUUCCAGAAAAGACGUACUGGCUGAUUGGAAAGGAAGGAUUCACCAAACCCCUCCCUGAAACAGAGUACAUAUCAGGGAUCGAGGCCAAAGAGUUGAAGAUACUUCUCCAGAGAGCGGUGAGGAAGAUCUCCACUGUGCGGCAGGUGGCUGCGCUUGGCAUGAUGGACGAAGGGAACGUCCUGAUGCACCACCACUGAACAACCG